AUGAAGCAGAGUCCCGCUCGGAGCCCCUGCAGGAGGCAGGAGCAGCGGGGAGGACAGCCGCACAGCCCCGCUGCCGUGGAGCACGGAGCAGGCUCCGGGACCAGGGACAGCGGAGCAGGGUCGGGCCCCUCGCCCCUUAAAACAGCCCGCACCAAGAGGCACCUGGAGGGGAUCCUGAGGAAAUAUACAAACCCGCUCCAGGGCUGGCAGAGCAGAUAUUUUAUAUUGGAUCCAGAGGUUGGUCAGCUCCAAUAUCAUCUGAAUGAACUGAGUAAGAGCCAGCGACCUCCCAGAGGGUCUAUGCCUCUCCUCGGAGCCGUGGUGGUCUCAGCUGAUGAGUUUCCAUACAUGUUUACUAUUCAUUCCACUACUGGGGAUUCCUACAAACUCAGAGCACUGGACGCCAAGGAGCAAGAGUUAUGGAUGACUCAGCUACAGCUGUGUUCCCGACGCCACUCUGACAGCAGCGCCAAGGUGAUGAUUCAGGCGGAAGGGCAGCAGAAGAACCUGGUCAACUCUGUAGAAUCCCUACCCCCACGAGGUGGACCCCUCUCUUCUCUGGAUGAGGACCUUCUCCUUUUUAAGGCCACUUCUGCAGCCACUUUGAGCUGCCUCGGGGAGUGCCUCAGUAUGCUGCAGCACAAUGUCGUCCAGGUCCUCAACCAGAACCAAAAUCAGAACCAGAACCACAUGCAGAGUCCCAGCCUCAGCACCAGUUCGGCGGGUUUGAAUCAGACAGCCGCCUCGGACAGAGUCAGGUCGUGGAGUCAGCGCUGCAGCUCCAGUGUGAGCCAGGUGGAGCCCGGGGGCCUCAGGUCUGAGAGCCCGACUCGCAACUUUAAUGAGAGCCAUAACCACAUCCAGGGUCAAGCCCGGGAACAUGCAGAUAGCUCCACUGGACGGUCCAGAUCGCUUUCGGAGAAGCAGGGGAAAACUGGUGCACAGAUUCCUAUCUCCUCCUCUACCCGGCCUUCUUCUCCUCAAACACAGAAGGACCCUCCUGAGCAGGGCCAGACCAGCAGCCCAGAGACCCCAGACCUCAGUGACGAGACCACAGACACAGAGGACCAUGAGGAAGAGGACCUGGGAGUUCUGGAUGACCAACGCAACAUCAUGCUUCACCUCCUGUCCCAGCUCAAACUGGGCAUGGACCUCACACGGGUGGUGCUCCCUACCUUCAUCCUGGAGAAGCGUUCUCUGCUAGAAAUGUACGCCAACUUCAUGGCUCACCCUGACAUGUUCCUGUCCAUCACCUGCGGCAGCACGCCAGAGGAGCGCAUGGUCCGCUUUGUGGAGUACUACCUGACCGCCUUCCACGAGGGUCGCAAGGGUGCUGUGGCCAAGAAGCCCUACAACCCCAUCCUGGGCGAGAACUUCCACUGCUCCUGGUAUGUGCCUCGGGUCCGCGUGCGACCCCUCAGGACCACCAACUGUCCCGGUCCCAACUCAGCACCCACAGACUCGUCGGGCAUUCCUGGGUCCCCAAAGAGGGGGGUGGGUGGUAGCAGCAGGAAACACUCAGACUGCUAUCAUGUUAGUUUUGUGGCAGAGCAGGUUUCCCAUCAUCCACCUGUGUCAGGAUUCUACUGUGAGUGCAAGGAGAAGAGGAUGUGUGUCAACACGCAUGUCUGGACCAAGAGCAAGUUUAUGGGCAUGUCUGUCGGAGUGUCUAUGGUCGGGGAAGGUGUGCUGUAUUUGUUGGAGCAUGAUGAGGAGUACGUGUUCACUCUGCCCUGUGCCUACGCCCGCUCCAUCCUGACAGUGCCAUGGGUGGAACUUGGGGGAAAGGUCACCAUCAAUUGUGCCAAAAGUGGAUACUCUGCCAGCGUCACUUUCCACACAAAACCCUUCUACGGAGGAAAAGUACACAGAGUGACAGCAGAAGUGAAGCACAACCAAACAGGAAACAUUGUGUGUAAGGCCCAGGGGGAGUGGAACGGGGUGCUGGAGUUCACUUACAGCAACGGGGAGAACAAGGUCAUAGAUACCUCCAAGCAGCCAAUCAUCAAGAAGAAGAUCCAGCCUAUAGAGAAGCAGGGCCAGUACGAGUCCCGGUGUCUUUGGCAGCAUGUCACAUCGUCACUGAAGGGAGGAAAUUUAGACGCAGCCACAGAACACAAACGCUGCCUGGAAGACAGGCAGCGCCGCGAGGCCAAACAGAGAGCUGCAUCCCACAUCCCCUGGAAACCCAAAUAUUUCAUUAAAGAGGGUGAAGGCUGGGUGUAUCACAACCCUCUGUGGAAGGCGCAGUGACGCGGAGCAGCUCAACAUUCCAAGGCGACAUAUGGGGCGACGAAGGCCGAGCGCUCGUCGACACAGACGUGAGGAGAAACAGCAGGAGGGCAAGACACACAGACGGACAGAGAAAAAGAAAACAGAAGUGCUACCAAAGACAACCCAAGGAAACCGGCCACAUCUCCAGUUCUGUGCGUUCAGGAGUGUGCUGGUUCAGCAGUGAGUUCUGCCUCUCUUGAGAUUACAGUGUUCAGUCGAAAUGGGAUUUUUUUUCAGAUCUGAACAAACCCCUGUAAACAUUUACUGCUCAUCUCACUUUUUAGUUGUUUGCGCAAUGUACUAAACAACCAUGUUGGUCAUAAAUAUUUUUGCACAAUUCACUGUACAAUACAAUGUGUGUGUGUGUGUGUGUGUGUGUGUGUGUGUGUGUGUGUGUGUGUGUGUGUGUGUGUGUGUGUGUGUGUGUGUGUGUGUGUGUGUGUGUGUGUGUGUGUGUGUGUGUGUGUGUGUGUGUGUGUUUUCAUGUACAGGGGUAUGCUUGAAAGAAUGGAUGGGCAAAACAAUUUAGCUACAACCCUAUUUUAUAGAAUCCAGAGCGGGCGGGGCUAGUUUAGUUUGAAGCUGCAGACUAAUGGAACUUAUUUAAACUCAAUACUACUUUGUUAGAUUAUAACUAGUGUUUUAUCUGAAGUUAUAUUCCUUAGGGGAAGGGAUCCUUAAACUAUUCUACAUACAUUUCUCAUAUAACUUUCACUGUCCUUACAUCUAAUAAACCCCUCCAGCCAACCACUAUUUUAUUCUAGACAGUGGCUGUGAGAGUAGUGAAUCUGUGCCUGCUGAAUCCCGAUCUCAAUGGAACAUUCACCACGCUGCAGUUUGAUCCUAGGAAAACAUGUUUGCAUUAAAUGGGUCAGUUAUCCCUUAUAACUCUAAAAAAAACAUACUAUAUAUAUUUUUUUUUUUCCAACAGUAUUGCUGCUUAGAGAACAGAAACUCUACAUUUGACAUGACACUCCCAUUUAUUUCAUAUUGGAUUUGGUAGAGCUGAUUAAAACAUGGUUAGAAUCACAAUAUAAAACAAGCGAGCUGAGCCUUUUAGUGCUUAUUUGAACAAUUAGCUGUUGCUUUAGCUAUACUGUAACUCUUUAGUGCUUAUAGUGCAUUUAAAUGAUAGGUGAUAAGCAGCCAUUUAAGUUUUGUUUCUACAGUUAGAUUCUCCGUUGAUAAGUUAUUCAACGAAAUGUUUUUGGCUCAUGUUCAGUUGUAUGUUGACGAAAGCUCCAUCUUUGCUUUUCAAGUGUGAUGAACUUGAGUUGACCCCCUGUGAUUUUCUUGCUCCUUCUUCAAUGAGCUGCUCUACCUCUGACAAGGUGGGUCAAACCAAAACUCCAUCACCUCAAAGAAUAGAUCAGCUUUCUUUAACCUCUUACCUUUCCAUACACAGUUCCUCAAACUCCUGCAUCUUACCAAUAGGGCACAAGCAAUGACUGAUAUGCGUGGGAAUACCUGAUGAGUGUGUGUUGUUUGUAAUUGAUUAGCACCACAGUGCACUUUGUACAUAUGUCUUUUGUGAGGCCAUGAGGCUCACUGCACCAGUGUGGGGUGACAUAUUCUAGCUGUCCACUGGAUUAUUACAGUACGUUUUUAACAGAGUACCAGAUCAAAAAGGAAUAUUUAAAGUGUGUGAAGUAGCUGACCUUAAGCAUAAUAAUGAGUAUUUUAAACUACGCAUCCCAUCCUGAAACUAUCUCUCUUUUCGUGGUAGAGGCAGUCUUAGUCCUUAAUUGAUUUUAAUUAGUUUUACUUCAUAUUCAUUGGCAAUGUAUCCAGUGAGAAGUGCUGCUGUGUCAUCACAAAGCUUCAACAGAACACCUUGUCCUCCAGCCCACCGUAUUCAACAAUCCUAUGCAACACUUAACUGCAGACAGUAGUCUCCUAUUUGUUUAAAA